AUGUCCGCUUCACUCCCACCACCCCGUCGCAUCGUAACGUCCAACUUACCCAUUCCAGUACAUCUAUCUGCAGGAAAGACACCAGAACCGGCUGUCGAAGUACUUGUCGAAGAUCUUGCACAGAUUGAAGAGUUGGGUGGAAUUAUUUGCCGCGGAACUGUUUUCACGCACGAGAACAUUCCAACCAGCAACGACGGAAGGGACGUCAUGCCUAGAGAGAUAACCAACGGAGGACUGGUUCUUCCAAAUGGAGCAAACAUCAGGUUUAAUGAUGUUGCACCUGGACAGGUGGUCCCGAUGCAUCGCACUCAGUCAACCGACUACGAUAUCAUUCUAAAUGGAUCUAUUCAUCUACUCACUCCCUCCGUCGCGUCUGAUGGCACAUUGACCUCGAUCCAAGAGACUGUCUGUAACGCUGGAGAUGUUGUGUUCCAGAGGGGCACUAUGCACGCAUGGGAGAAUAGGUCAUCAGAGUGGGUUAGAUGGGUUGCGAUUCUGCUUGGAGCUGAGCGGAAUCAAGUUGAGGUUGAAGGCAAAAUUGAAGAGAAAGUUAUUUUGAAGGAUUUCUUUGGAAAGUAUAUAGGCGAUGAGGCUUAA